AAUAUUUACUCUUCCCCUCCCAAAUGAAAAUAUUUUUUUGCAAAAACAAUUAUAAAAUUAUGAAGCAAGAGCUUUUAUCGACAGAGCAAAGGGGCUAGCGAGCGGAAAAAGGGCAAAAGGAUUGCGCCGUGUGGGAUAGAUCAGUCGAUCGAUCUCUGUAUCUUGAAUCCGGCGGGAUCCGGCUGUCGCCGCCGCCGAGAUGAACCCGGAUGUGGCGUCCAUGGGGAAAUCGCUGCUCGAGAAGCCACUGAAUCUGCUCACUGAGGACGACAUCGCGCAGAUAACAAGAGAGGAAUGCCGUCGAUUCCUCAAAGACAGAGGCAUGCGCCGACCUUCUUGGAACAAGUCGCAGGCGAUCCAGCAAGUGAUAUCUCUGAAGGCGCUUCUCGAGGGCCGAUCAGAUCCAGAGGAUCUCUCCGCUGCCGCUAGGGUUAGACGGAAACCGCGGAGCAGUUCGCCGACUCACACUUCACUGCCCUCUCCGACUAAGGACGCGGGCGGAAGCAGCGACUCACGGAGUGUACCGCCGCAGGAGAAGGAUCCUUCGCCGUACCGGAGGAAAGACCCGAUGCCGCCUCCUUUUACCGCCGGUGAUGUGCCAUGCCUUCUUUCCGCUGCUGGAAAGUCGCUUCUCCCUCAGCAGAAUCACCUCCCACACCCUAGGACCUUCGCCGACGAGUCUCUGGAGCAGCUCACGAUAUUCUACGGCGGUAAGGUCAACGUAUACGACGGCGUGCCGUCGGCUAAGGCUCGGGACAUAAUGCUGCUUGCGGCCAACCCGGAUACGUACGACGCAGCGACCGUAGCGCCAAUAUCUUCCGGUCCGCCUUUGCUAAAUCGGUUUGCUCCGGCUUACACUUCACCGAUUUGGGCCGGACCGUCCACCGGCGCCCGAUCUUGUAUAAACACACCGGCAGGAAAGUUGCAGCGAAACUUUAAGGACAGCCUCGAGCAGGGAAGGGCCUCGCGGGAACCACUGCCUGAGUGUCCAACAAGUAGAAAAGCAUCAUUGAAACGGUACCUGGAGAAAAGAAAAGACAGGUACAAGGGGAGACGAAUAAUUGAAGGAUCAUCUUCGUCAGGCAUGGAGGUGAUGUACUUUAGUCAAAAAUUCUGCGGGACGGGGCAAAAUGAACUGUCAAGCAGGAGCAACAGUAGCUCAUCCAUGCAGCCCAGGCCACCUUACCCGCCACUUAGUAGGUGCACAUCCAUUGAAGCAAAGAAGCUUGGAUUCUGUGUUGAUCUCAAUGAUGAUGGUGCUGGUGGCAACUGAAGGGGGUGGCUGGUGGGACGAUGACACGCAACCCAGCACACCAGUUCUCUUGCAAAUGCGCCUCCUUUGUUCAUGAGUGGCCCUAUUGCAGUUCCAUUGAUGGCUUGAAGAAGCUAAAGACCAAGUUCUCCAUUUUAACUGUUUUGGCGCAACAGAUUCAAGUGCUCUUGAGUUUGCAGCCGAAUGAAGACUUCAAUCACAGUGGUCUGAACUUCGGCCCCAGAAACCCCUUUCAUGCCAAUACGAUCAGAAGAGCUACAGGAGCACCAGCUGGGAUUCUCUUGAGCCUAUUCUCAGGUGAUUCUGAGAUACAAAGCUAAACUCCUUAUUUUUCAUGUGAAGGUGGCUAAAAGGCAUUAGAUUGGCUUGUUUUGUUGCAUAAUGAAGUUGCCCAUCUGCCAUUCUUUGCCAGCUACCUGAUAGUUUUUUGCGCUGUAAUUUUGGAUUUGAAAUUAUCAUUUAGUUUUAUUGAGUUUUUGAUUA